UGCUUAUCUGCUCCUCCCCAGCUUCCUCUGCUCGAAUUCUCAGUGGCCUGGAGUGCUGGGAGGCAGCUGGUGCACUUGGCUUCUGAAGACCGCUCAGAUGAGAGGAAAUGUGCUCAUCAGCUUGAAGAAUGCUAGAGAUUUGGGGCUGCAGCUCCCAGAAGCCACUCCUGAUCUACGCCCUCGGUCUCUCCCUGGACCGCCCUCGGCUGUUCCCUGUGAGACCGCAAAGGCCUCCCGAAAUGUCCCCCUUUAGGUACUGGGGCCCGCCCAUAGUCCUUCUCACCCUGCUCUGCUGCCCAGGGUCUGGUGAGGAAGCAUUUGUCGUAUACAUGUCACCAGAGCAGGUGGUGGCUGAGCCCAAUGGGUCCUUGGAGGUCAACUGCAGCACAAACUGUUCCCAGCCACAAUUAGGGGGUCUGGAGACCAGCCUAACCAAGACUGUACUGGAUGAUCAGCCUCAGUGGAAGCGGUUCUUGGUCUCAAACAUCUCCCAGGACACAAGCCUCGAAUGCUACUUCGUCUGCUCAGGGCAGCAGCUGUCCAAGAAUGCCACUGUCAGCGUGUAUCACCCUCCAAAGCAGGUGAUGCUGAAGCUGCGGCCCACCCGGGUGGCCAUGGGGCAAUCCUUCAUCAUUGAGUGCAAGGUGCCCACUGUGGCACCCCUCAGGAGUCUUACCCUCACCCUGCUCCGUGGCAAUGAAAUGCUGCACAACCAGACCUUUGAGCAGGCAACAGCUGCCCCCGAAGAAGCCGUAGCCAUACGGAAUGUCACAGCUCACUGGGAGGACGGCCACCACAACUUCUUGUGCCGGGCGGAGCUGGACCUGCGCUCUCUCGGCGGCAGCAUCAUUAGCAGUGUCUCGGAGCCCCAGGCAUUGGAGGUCUAUGGUGAGUGGGAGCCAAGGGGCCUGGAGAGGGCAACCACUCCCAGCCCUUUAGGGGAAAAUCCCUGCCCUGCUCUCUGCUGGCUCGGGAGGCAGAAACCAGCAUCUCCACAUUUAACUCCAGAGCUUUCCCUUCCUCUUCCUGUUCCCCGAAGCUCUCUCCCAACUCCCCAACUUGGACCCUGGCUGUUCCAGAGGCCAAGCUAUUCUAGGAGAGCUAGACUAGUUGCUUGGCCUUUACCAAGCUGGGUGAACUCGACCAAGAGUCCCUGGGUAGUGCAGUUAAGAUGCUCAGCUGUUAACCAAAAGGUUCGAAGUUCAAGUCCAUCCAGUGGCAUCUCAGAAGAAACGCCUACUUCCAAAAACUCAGCCACUGAAAACCCUGUGGAGCGCAGUUCUACUGUAGCACACGUGGGGUCGUCCUGA